AUGAAGGACGAGCUGGAAGCCAAGUCGGAAAUAUCAGAAAAAGUAUCCGAACUCACUGAAGAUCUGAAGGAGGAGGUGGCGGAAUUGAAGGCCCGUUGUACGGAACUCGAGACUGAAAAAAACCGGACUAAGGAGCAAAUAGUUGAGCUGAAGGAGGAGGUGGCGGAAUUGAAGGCCCGUUGUACGGAACUCGAGACUGAAAAAAACCGGACUAAGGAGCAAAUAGUUGAGCUGGAAGAGUCGUCCCUGUGCAAGUUAUCUGAGAAGGAUUAUGAGGUGGCGGAAUUGAAGGCCCGUUGUGCGGAGCUCGAGACUGAAAAAAGUCGGACUAAGGAGCAAAUAGUCGAGCUCGAUCAGAUUCUUAAGACUGAAGAAAAAAAGACUAAGAAGCUCAAGGAGCAAAUAGACUUGCUGGAGAAUAACCGAGACAAUUUGCUGGCCGAUUUUGAGAAAACCAAUCAGAUGGCUUCUCAAGUUGUGACCGAGCUGGAGGUUACUAAGCAAAAUGAAAAAUCACUCGAGACGAAGCUUAGUUCGGUGGCCAAAAAGCUUUCAAAUACAGAAGCUAGUUUCAAUGCAAAGAAAACUGACUUGGAGAAUAAAUUGAAGAAGAACCAAGAACUGUUGGAAAAAGAGGAGAAAUUGAGCUCCCAACUACAAACUCAAGUGAAUGUUCUUGACAGCCAAGUGAAUGAUCUUAAGGAGAAGUUGCACAAAAAG